UAAUUUUCCUAGACAUCCAAAGAAACCCAGGCCCUAGAAUAUGGAGGAAAUGGAAGAGGCGAGCAACCAAAACCCAAGAGCCACCGUUACCAAUCGAAACCUAAACGAUCUCCCAGAGGAGCUCCUCCUCCACAUCCUCACCUGUCUUCCCAUAUUAGAAUCGGUCCAAACCUCCCUCAUAUCCCAGAAAUGGAGACCCCUCUGGUCUCGUGUUCCCUCCUUGAACUUCCUCUUCGAACUCUUCCCGCCAUACGAGCCACCCUUAGAUACUCGCCAGUUCUUCGCCGAGUUCAUCGACCGCGUUCUUAUUCUUCGCUCCAAUUCUCCCAUCCACACUUUUCGCCUCUCUUUCAUCUACCAUGGUCACUACCGCUCUCAUGUCGACUCUUGGGUUCGAUCCGCCAUAACCCGCCUUCGCACACGUGAGCUCUAUCUCGACUUCUUCAUCCACAAAGAUUUUCAUAACGAAGAAACUCAUAAUCACAGGUAUGAUUUCCCUUUCUCUGUUCUGAGAAAUGGGUGCGUUGCAAUCUUAGGCCUUACGCGAUGUGAUCUUACAUUGCCGGCUAAAAUGUCCACGCUGCGUUUUUGCUCGAUUGGGUCCAUGUUUCUCAAUGAGGUUUAUUUGACGGACCAGGCCAUGCGGGAUUUGAUUUCGGGUUGCCCCAAUUUGGAGGCUUUGGAUCUUGAGAACUGUUUGGCGCAUCAUCAUAUGAAGAUAUGUAGCACAAAGCUUAAGAGGCUAGCACUUAGGUAUUUUUAUGAUUCUGAACUCGAAGAGACCAUUUUGGUUGAUUGCCCAAACCUUUGUUCGAUCAGUUUUAAUUGUUGUGCCUUUGACAAAUUUGUACUUAAGAAUGCGUGGUCCCUGGUUGAGUUUCGUGUCGAUAUUUUGCACAAAAUCGAUCGGUCCUAUCGUUAUUGGAACAAGGUUGUGAGGCUACUAGGACAAGCACCUAAUGUUAAGCAUCUUAAUGUGCAGAAUUGGUGGUUUAAGUUUCUGACAUCAAAGGAUUCUUUCCCCAAAAGUUUUAUGAUCCACAAUCUCAACCACUUAGAGCUACGGACGGGGUUUACCCAAUAUGAUCUGGUUGGCAUGGCUGCACUGCUUAAGCUUUGUCCCAAUCUCGAGACAAUGAUGCUGGACUACCUUUUCAAGAUAGAGGAAGAUGAGACUUUAUCAGAAGAGUUCUCAAGUAAACCAGUUAAAUUGAGCAUGCCAAGUCUCAAGCAAGUUACGGUGACAUCUUAUACUGGAACAGAAGAUGAAAUUAAUUUUAUGAAAAUCUUGAGUACGCAAGGAGUUGCCCUAGAAAAGAUUAUACUUGUCCUUGGCCAUGUUGGUGCAAAGUCGCGUCUUCAAAUGGUUCUAUAUAGGAAUGCUUCACAAAGUUGGAAGUGCUACGCACCAGAUCUCUCCCCCACAACACUGAAUUAUAUAGACUCUGAGAUUUUUAAACAGGGAAUCAAUUGGCUCUUUGAAAGUUGUCUUGUUUUUUGAAUGUGGAAGUCUGCCAGGAAAUCAUUUGGCCUUGUAGAAUUUACAUGGAAUCAUUUGGCCAUGUAGAAUUUACAUGGAAUCACUGUUUUGCCGUCCCUGACAAAUAACACUAUGAUACGCGUGAUAACACUUACACGUGGCAUAGCAUUAUUUGCCGGGAUAAUCUGUUUGUAACUAAGGUUUUCUUCAAAGGAACUACACUGUAAAAACGUCCGGUUUGUAUUUGACUUGGCAGCUAUAGAUUCUGUGGGGCACCAUCCCUCGCCACCAACUUUUUUCCUAUUUUGAUUGUGGUUCUUUGACCUCUGUACAAGUCAGCAUUUUGGUGCAAGUAUGUUCACAUAUCAGCAUCUGUGAAUUUUUUUAAAAGCAAA